GCGGGAUGGCAACGCCCAUGUGGCGUACUUGCCGCGUGGCGAUGGGAGAGGGAUGGCAAAGCCGAGAUGGGAACGCCGAGGUGGUGACGCCACGUGGCGAUGGGAGCGGGAUGGCAAUGCCGAGGUGGCGAUGGGAUCGGGAGCGGGAUCGGGAAGCGAAGGUGGCCACGGGCGCGGGAUCGGGAUCAGAAAGCGGAGGUGGCGAUGGGUACCACACUUCGCACGUGCCAAACAUCGCACGUGGCGCACGUGCCACGUGGCGCACUUUCCUCAUCCCCACGUGGCGUACUUGCCCCAUCAUCUAGUCCCACGUGGCAAGUACGGAGGUGGCGACGUCGAGGUGGCGAUGGGAGCGGGAUGGCGACGCCAUCUCCGCGUCGAGGUGGCGUACUUGCCCCAUCAUCUAGUCCCACGGGCAAGUGCGGAGGUGGCGAUGUCGAGGUGGCAACGGGAGCGGCAAGUACGCCACGUGGGAAGUGCGGCCUCACCAUAUAGUCCCACGUGGCAAGUGUUGAGGUGGCAAUGGGAGCGGCAAGGACUUAUAGUCCCUGAGAAGGAGGCAACGGACGUCGGCUUAUUCAGAAGGGGCAAAAUGGGAAAGCUGAGUGGGGAGUUUGAAAGGGUGCGGCAAAAGGAGAAGGGAACGGAGCAUGCCAGGGACGAACAUGGAGGAUCAGCAAGGCAUCGUGUCCCAACGAUAAGGAAUGGGGUGAGUCAGAAGUCUAAAACGACAAGUCGAGGCCCUCGCAAGGGGGGCUCUGUUGUCGAGGGCUUUCAGAAUGAUGAUGCAAAGCUCAUGAAAGAGUUUCGCCGGCGCACAAACCCUCGCCACGCAGCGCAUUCCUGUAGCAGCAGUAGUGAGAGCAGCGGCAGUUCGGAGUCCCGAUGUAGCACGGUGUCCCGGGAGUCUUCCACGUGGCUCAGUGACUCCGAUAGCAGAGAGACUGCGAGCAGUGGUCAUUCGGACAGACCCUCCUGCGAAACCGACAAGUCACGGCCGCACAAAGGUACUUGCAAUGGGCAAAGACGACCGAUCCCCCCCACUAAGGAGGAGAGCAUGCCCAGUGUCGGACUGCAAUCUGGAUUGAGAUGUCGGGAACAAAACUCGAACUGCGAUGAGCGGACGGAAAAUCGACCACAGAGAUUGAGGCGCUUGACGAAACUGCGUGAACAGGAAGAAGAAGAAGAAGCAGAAAGGAACUCGUUGGAUGACCUUGAGAGGCGUCAAUGCCGUUCGACUCUCAGUCUGAAGUCGCCAACCAUCAGUUUGCCCAGAGGUGGUGUGGCCAGUCGUUCCCCUAGGGAGGGACAAUCACCCAGAGAGACGAGGCCUGAUCGCUCMGGUAGAACGGAAUCGGUCUCCAAGGGUCCGGCCACCGCUUGCCAGUCGUUGUCGAGCACCUCCUCCUCCAGCAGCAGCGAUAAGGAGUACAACAAGGAGGCCGUUGUGAGGUCCCAUGUGAACAUCCAUCCUCGGCCACGAGCCGCGAUUCCUCGACACAGUAAGGGAGAAGUUGACCUGACCUCCUCCAUGUCAGUUUCGUCGACAGGGCGUCGUCUCGUUCGUGAAGAUGCGGACCUUGAUCUGAAAGCAAAAGCCAGGAAGGGGCAUCCUCAUGACCGUAUCAUGCGACGGGAGAAGGAUGUAAAACGUGCACGCAUGGGGAUUUCUUACUCCUCUCCCAUGGAAAGGUCAACCAACAACAGUCAGUCCCUAUUGCAAUCAAGGAAGAAGAAAUUCCCCUCAGGAGUUUGGAUAGAUCUUGAUGACAGUGGUAGUUCGGCUGAGGUCUUUGUAGCCACUUUAGCUGCCAGUCAUGACAUUUCUGCAACCAAGUCAACUAUCGGUGCUGUUGCAACAGAGUCUGUUUCUGUGAUCGAUCUAACAACAGCUGCUGAUGUCAAAUCAUCUGCGGAUCAUCUGACUUGUCCUUCUGCUCCUGACGGUUUGGCUGGUUCUUUCACUGGUACUCCCUUUGGUCCUCCUGCUGAUCCUCCUGCUGGCGUUUCUGCAAGUCCUUCCGCUAGUCCUUCUGCUGGUCGUUGUGCUUGUCCUACCACUGGUCCUACCACAGGUCCUUCCGGUGGUCCUUCUGCUUGUCUUUCUAUCGAUCCUUUUGCCAGUCCUCUUGCGGGUCCUGCCAGAGCUUCUGCCGGCGCUUCUGCUGGUGUUGGUGUUGGUCCUUCUGCUAGUCUAUCUGCUGGUUCUUUCAUCGGUACUCCCUCUGGUCCUCCUGCUGUUCGUUCUGUUGGUCCUUCCGCUGGUCGUGCUGCUGAUUGCUCUGUUGACCCUUCUGCUGGUCGUGCUGAUCCCACUAUUGUUUCUGCCGGUCCUUUUGCGGGCCCUUCUUCUGGUGCUUCUGCUGGUCCUCCUGGUCCUUCUGCAGGUCCGUCUGCCGGUCCCUCUGCUUAUCCUUCUGCUGGUGCUCCUGAUGGUCCUUCUGCUGGUCCUGCUGCUCCGUCUGCUAGUCCUCCUGCUGCUGCUUCGACUGGUGUUGGCCCUUUGGGUAGUCAAUAUGCUGGUAAUCUUGCCAGUCAGUAUGCGUUUGGAAUUCAAAGCGGUCCUGACAAGCACUGGGACCCUUCACAUGGGGCAGCUGAUGUUGUUAUGUCUCCGAGGACCAGUGGCAUCUGUGACCCAGACAUAGUAGUUCCUGCUGCCAAGCCAGCUGUGAUUGAAGAAAGGAUUCCACAGGAUGGCAAUUCUUGCUGCAAUUACGAUCUCGCUUGCUCGUCUGCAAGACCUGUUGCCCGGUUCAACCUCUCAGACAGCACACUGGAGGCUGUGGACACCCAUAUUAGUGAUAUUGAAGGGGAUGGACGCCAGUCCAGUAAGCAUCCGACGGUUGAGGAUGUUGAGGAUGCGGCUGCAGAUCCCCCCAGCCGUAAGAGAGAAAUGCGAAGUCACUCUGCAGGAUCACUUGAACAGAAUCCAGGGAGGGAUUUGCUGAGCAAGGUCGUUUUUGAUGUCGGACCUGCUUCUGAUGCACGAGGAACCGACUGUUAUGGUGAUGGCAGCUUGGAUGAAAGGGUUGAAGAACGUAGACGUCACAAGGAAGAACCAACUGGUCCUGGCACACCGUUAACAAAAAACCCGACUAGGAGUGAAGAUCGCCAAGUGGGCUGGAAAGGAGGUGAUGGAUGUUGUGAGUCUCGUUCCUCCCGCAUGCUUUCUCCUCCGAGUGAGCAACAUGAUCUGCCAGCGGGUCCUCUUUGUCAGAACAUCGCGGACAGUGGUGCUGAUCUGUUCUGUCCAGUAGUGACAAGCCAGUCCUUCAUGUGUGACGCACAGGAUAGAGGCUUGGCUUCCCCGUGUGUUGGAUGUUUUCACACAGCCAGUGGUUGGAAACGACGGCAAUGUGAAAGUGAAAAAUCUGAGCAAGGAUUCCCUGUCUUCCCGAAGUUACCAGAAUAUCUCCGAGGCCCAUCUAGUUGGACUUGUGUUGGCGUUGCGAACCCAUCCUCUUUGCAGCUUCAGCAUGGAAUACCGUCGUCUUCAGGGACGCAGGAUGAAGAUGACCGUCCUGCAAACCAACCCCUUGAAGCAGAAGACCAAAGAGAAGUAUGCAGACGACGUUGGGAACAGCCUACUGUAGAGACGAGGAAUUCGGAGGUAGGAGACGGAGGCCAUGCCCAUCUCUGGCGAGGUACGAGUGACCCGUCUGUUGAGGGAGAAGCUGAGCACAGGGAUGACAUCGUUCAUGAAGUGGCAGUGGAGUCUUUGGAUGCAGGAGACACAAAACAUUGUGAAACAGGACGACCUCCACGAGACCCGACGCCCUUGCCUGAAGACGUCAGAAGACGCGCCAGUGAUGGUCAUUGCACCUUAUCAAAGAAGAACAGCCCAACUAGUGAAGAUGCUGAACAACAUGCCUAUUCUGGCAAUUGUGCACCUAUUCCCUUUGCGGGACCAGCUGAGCAGGGGGCAGAUGUUUCUCCCGGUGCAGCAGUGGAGUCGUUAGGUGGAGGGAGGGAGGGAGGCAACGAGUCAGAACUGGCAGUGGGAGAAGCAGCACUGAUUCCUGACCAUCUGGCGAUCCAUUCCAAGGGGAAACCCGAAGACCAUCUCCUCACUCCGGUUGGUCGACAAGAGGAGAGAAGACUCUGGGGAGAGCAAGCAUCGGAGAAAAGGAACCUGGUGAACAAUGAAGAUGAUGGUGGCAUAUCAAACGGUACAGGCGAUGUCUUCUCUGAAAGAGAAGCUGAUCAAGGGGUCGUUGGGCGCCCUGUCCCGGAGUCCGAAUGUACCAUCACGGCAGAGAAGACAGGAAAAGACGUGGAUUCUACUCCAGGAGCAUCAACACCGGCGCAGGAUGGUUCAACAUCGAGUCCGGGAAAAGGUUAUCAGUGCAUGAUCUGCUUGCUGACGACCAAGGAUGCCGAAGAGAAGGGGUUACUCCCAUGUGGCCACGUGUUUUGCUUCAAAUGUAUAUGCUGUUGGGCUAGAACUCUGGUCAAUCCUUUUUGCCCGAUAUGCAGAUCAUUGUUCAAUAUCAUCACAAAGAGACGCCUGCGUCCCGAAGACGAGGCGGUUAUACCGUUGCCGAAGCGCAAGAAGCUCGAGUUUGGCUCAUCUUCGCAUAAUAUGAAUGCGGUCAACAUCCUCAACGAUGCCGUGGCAUGUUGUUCUGUGUGCAAGGAGGGGGACGAUACGUUGCCCUUACUUACAUGCAGCAUUUGCCGUGUGGCGGUCCACACAACCUGCUUGGAACAGGAUCUUCCUGCAGCAACAUCUAGAGCUAGCUGUAACUGGGUCUGUGAUCGUUGUGGCCAGCAGCGAAGUGCUGAAGAUAGAACAAGAAUGGCGGCUAUGGAGGCAUAUGCGCAAGAAUUCCAGACCAUCGGAAGAGGAGGAAAUCAAGUUGGCCAACGGACUGGGAACAGCCGCAGGGCAGGUUCAGGGAAGAGUUCAAGGUACGGGCAUGGUGGUGUUAGCUGUUCCCCUCAGUUCCACCGAAAUGGGCAAGGGAGACUUGCACAUAAUGGAUCCGGUUCAGCUUUUCCCAUUCCAGCUGGGGGCAUAGAUCCUGCAUUUGCCUGGAGCAUUCUAAAUAGCAACACGGACUCGGUUACCCACACCUCAGCGAGAAGCAAACGCCCUCAGCAGCCUGCUUGGAAUAGGACGGGGAUGUUCCCCUCCCAUAGUUUGAUUGGUUUCUGGCAGCGAGCUCAGGCAAGGGAAACGGUUGCAAACCAAGGUGACGAGGCUCAGGCGGAAGGAUUGGUGCAAGCUACCCGGCGCCACCAACAGGCUCAACCUGACGCGGAGCUGGUUUCAACGAGGCCUGUGACGGCGAAUAUGACAUGCAGCUCAGCAGAGCCUCAGCAUGGUCACGAAGAGGGGUUACGUCAGGGCGGGGAACGGGUAACCGCGUGGCACACUGCUCAAGAGGACGCUUGGUCAGGUGAGCGGCGCUCUGUGAGCAUCGCGAAUCAAAGAGAUGUGUGCCUGGAUGAUGCGCAGGUGUCUUUCCGGCAUCUAGAGCAGUGUAAAUCGAAGGAAGAUAGCCGGUUGACCGAGGCAUGCUGUGUACGAGAGCCAGACAGUAACAAGCUAUGCCAACCAGAUGUCGAGCAACAGCCUCAACGAAGUCCGGCAGCGGACAUGGGGGGACAACAGUCCCACCGGGAACUUAGCCUCCGCCAAACGCAGCAACAGCAAGUGGGAUCAGGAAAAGAGGAAGGGGGAAAUUCUGGCCUCGAACACGUGUCAGAGCUCCAUGACCCACCUUAUCAGGGCCCUGAGCCGCAGGUAAAAGACCCACUGCACAGGAUAUUUACCCCAGAGCAAAUACCGUCAGGAGGUAAUGGGUCGGCUCUACGAGCACGAGACCGUUUGUUAACACCCGACGCAGAACGAGAGCAAGACUGUAACAUAGGAGGACGGCAUGCCUGGCAGACCAGAUCAGAAACAGAGGAAGGGAAGAGUCAGCAAGAUAGUUACGGUGGGCCAUGCCAACGGGUUCCUGAUCCAGAGGAGUUUGGGAUUGGGAUGCCUUAUGAGGAACUGGGGGCCUGCAACUGGUACCGGCAGGAUCACACGGGGUGCGGAUUACCAGGCACUGAACCAGAGGUAACAUGGCCGGUUGGUUCAGAGGGGCAAGAAGGACACAGUGUAGCUGAGCAAGAAGGCCCGAGUCGAGAGGGAUCGGUUGGUUUUCCGGACGUGUCCAUGGGGUUUGCCAACGAGGAGGGAUGGGAGUCCGCCCGGAUUGCGACAAAGAGGGGACACGAGGACAGACCCGUAAGAGGGUGCCCUUCUGCUCCGCCCGCUCCACCCAAAGGCCCCCAAACUGCUGCUAUUUAUGAUGGCCAGGUGCCGUCCCCUGAUAAGGAAACACUCAGAGCACCCCUUCAAAGCCUAACGGAGAAUAUGCGAAGCGUCGGUCCCAAACGGCCCACUUUGUGCAUGGACCCAAAGACUUCCCAAUGCCGGGACGCCGUCCAUGCUGACACAAGUCGAGUACAGCAGACAGCUCAAGGGUACAUUGUGGAACUUAGUGAGAAUGUUUCGUUUGCCGGCUCACAAAGUCGAGAGGGGACUCCACAGCACAGCGUUAGUGGCGCAACACGGAGAGAAGCAGAGUCAGCUCUGACAGUGAUGAUGGAAAACAGAAAGAAUUGCAGCAGCCACCCGUCACAACAGCGGAAACGCGGCCGCGGUCGGGCCAGUGGUAAAGCAGGGGCGGCGAGCACGACCAGAAGUAAUAAGCAGAAAGCUGCCAAGGUGCUCUGCUGUCUGCGCAAGCCUACUGAUACUACGCUGCGUCUUCACCUUCGUGAUAUGGCGGCGACUGAUUCCACGGCAACACCGGCCAUGACCGCUCAGAAGGAGACAGCGAGAAGAGCUCUCGCAGUGAUGGCCAUCACCGGUAGGAUGGCUGAGGAUGCAUUUCAAAGCUUGGAUGUGCUGCUGGGUUCCCGGACAAUGAGACCGCUUCUGUUGGGGCCUGAUGUUGAUCACACCCUGUUCGGCGGAGGAGAAGACCAUGACGAGCACGGGAGUGGAUGGCGCAGUCUGCUUUGGCUGUGGCCAACGAUUGUUGAAAUCUGCAAUCUUUAUCCAAGGCGUUCGCCUAGGUCGUGGGUCAUGCAGCGUUCGGGUGGAUUAUGGAAUGAUCUUCGGAUCGCCGAUGACGCCGAGAACGACCAUUACAUAGGGCUGCUGAGCAUACGUCGGUCAACAUUCAAUAAACUGCUGCGAAAGGUCAGACCACUUCUCGAGAAGGAGGUGACAAGAUUCAGGUCGUCGUUGCCUCCAGCAAAGAAACUCGCGUACGCUCUCCAUAGAUGGGCCCACGGUGACUCUCACUGGCACAAUUGCUCAGCAUAUGGCAUGGGCAAAAUGAGUGGGUUGCGAGCCGUCAGAGAAGUGGCGGAGGCCAUUCAUGCCUCGUAUCCGAAUGUUGUUAGCUUUGGGGGGUUCGAAGACCGAAAUCGUCGUAUGCGGCAGUUUGAGGGGUUGGGUUUUCCAAAUUGCUGGGGGUGUAUUGACUGCACCCAUGUGUAUGUGGAUAAACCCCGAUCGAAGGAUAGGGACGACUAUUGCUCCGGAUGGAACAACUGGUUCUCGAUCGUUGCGCAACUCGUGGUCGAUAUGGAGAUCAAGAUCCUUGAUUUCUGCUACGGCUUUCGGGGGACUGUUGGGGAUGCACGUGCUUUGAAAAACAUGUCAUUGUGCAGGCGAGCCCUGAAGGGGUCACUAUUCGUAGACGAUCCGGAAGAUCCAUUUCUGGCCGAACGACCUUCCAUCUCUGGUGUGCCCGACAGGUACUUGCUUGGCGAUGACGGGUAUCCUAAUCUUCCUUGGCUUGUCAUUCCAUACUGCCGUCAACCACGGCUCACGCGGGCGAUGCUGCAGUUUGACACUCUUCACAAAAUAGUCAGGUCUUGCGUGGAGCGAUUCUUCGGGGUGUUCAAGAUGCGCUUCCAAUUCUUCUACCGUCCACAUAUUACGGACAUAACGAGGGAGAGGUUGGAGUUCCGCGCCUGUUGUAUCCUCCAUAACCUGCUUCAAGAUUGGGGUGCUAUGCCUGAAGCGGACGGCAAAGUGAGCGAUGCUUUGUCUGGUGGGACCUGUCCACAUCCAGAUGUUGACAGGCGUGUGGACGGUUGUCCGCUUGUGUCCAUGUUCGGUCGGGAACGCGGCCAGGCGGUGAGAGAUGCACUGCGCACCGAGGUCCUCCGUUUGUGGGAAGUCCAGCGGGAGGCUUGACAGGAAAUAGUCUCUGUGUUGUCGUCGGGUUUUUUUCAUUGCUAUAUUAGGCUGUCAAGUGAAAACAUUGGUUGUGGUGCAUUACAGUACU